AUGACCGACGUCGACUCCCCUGCACCUCUCCGCCUCCCUGCCAUCCUCCAGAACCCUGGAAACAAAGCCCUCCGCCAAGUAGAAGCAUUCAACGCGCAGCAGCGCGAGCGCGCCGCCGCCCGCCGCGACGCCAAAUCAGCACCAGAGGAAGCGCAUAAGCGGGGCAAGCGCUUCGUGCGCCGCAUGAACAACGCGGCGCACGUCGACAACCCGCACGCCGUCCUGCCCAAGCGCGGGGACAUGAUGCCUACCGUGCCCCUGCAUUACCACCCGCUGCGCCCGUCGUUCCCCUCCGAUGCGUUGGAGCGGAGCACACACAUCCCCUCCGUGUCGGCGGCACGCGCCGAUCCUUUGGGCGCCUCGUCCGCCCAUGGCGCGUUCACCACCUCGUUGAAGGGCACCAGGGCGAUGCUGCGGCGGCGCGGCCGCCGCGCCGAGACGAUUGUGCCUGUGCUCGAGAACGCCGUGCGGGCUUGGCUCGGGGGCGAGUAUGACAAGCCGCCUGGCGGCGACUGGGCUCCCAUUGACCCCACGGUAGUAGAUUACUCUGACGCGGCGACGGGGGAGGGCCAGAGCGGUCCCAGCCGCCUUCCUCGGCAGCACCAGGUCACGGAUGUCCCCGAGCUCCCCAUCGUCAACGGCAAGGUCAGCGCCGUCCUCGAGCUGAGCCGCAGCCCGGCCCACCUGUCCUGGACUGUGCCAGACAGCUUUGACCGCCUCGUCGUCCACCUCGUAGCGCGCUACUACGAGCUGAUCUCGUGGAGCGAAGAUCAACGGACGGCCACAGGGCAAGUGGUGCGCCUGACGCACAUCGUGCGGCCAAACAUCGUCAAGCCCAAGCCUCCACCCGCCUCCCAUGCCCUCCUUACGCCCGAGACCAGCGAUGUCUCGGGCGUGUCAGGCUCCGACACGGAGCACCUCAGCGCCGAGUCGGACGCCUCGGACGCCGCGACCGAGGUCGCGCACUCGGACACGGAGAGCGUGAUCGGCGACGACGACACGCGCCAUGCCGGCGACGUGAGUGCAGCGUCGCAGUCGCUCAGCGAGCGAUGGGCCGACGACGCGAGCGACGGCGGGGCGCAUGCGCACGAGAGCCUGACAGAGCGGCUUGGCGCGCUCGGGCUGCACCGCACAGAGAGCCACGGCUCGUCGGCGUACGCGUCCUCCGAGGGCGGGUGGACCGACGGCGGCGUGGACAGCAUCGUCUUUCACCCCGAAGAGAGGUGGCCCGAAUCGCCCGUUGCGGGCACCGCAUCCCUUCCCCAACUCAAGGGCGGUGCACCGCAACGCCUGGGCGGUAAUGGGCCGCUGGACAAGCCGUCAUUCUUCGAGUAUCUGUUUGGGGAGUAA